AUGAAAAAAUGUCAAGAAUAUCAGCUUUUAUGGAAGGAUAAGGAUUAGCUUCAUAUUUUUUAUUAAGUAGCUAAUCAUUUUUGCUUGAUUCAUUGUCUUUAAUACUAGCUUAAAUAUCCAUAAGCUUAAUGUUAAAACCUGAUGAAAUCUACAUACUAAGUUAAAUACAGUUAACAUCAUUCUAUAUAAUAUUUAAAUACAUACAAAACUACUAAUAAAGGUAAAUAUAUUACGAAAACCACAAAUAAACCAGUUGGAACUAAAUUCUGGACAAUAUAUUAUCAAAUCCAUUAAUAGUAACUAGAUAUGAUAAGAUAACAAAUCGUAUUUUCCUACAUAACUGCAAUAAGUAAUCCCGAAAAUAUAAAAUAGACUAAAGCUUGGAAGAAUUUAAUAAUUUUUUGCAAAAUGUCCAUUUAAAUAAGACUAAAUCAAAAUUAAAAAAUAUGUAUUUUUCCGAAUCUAUAUAAAACCUGA